UGUUUUAAAAGUCUGAAAAUUCUAUAAUUCUAUUAAAAUGCUAAAUUUUUCUGUCGAUUGCCUUAACGAUAUUAUUGAGUGUUUAGAGAAUGAUCCAAAGACUUUGUAUUCAUGCUUAUUAGUUAAUCGAAUUUGGUGUAAAGUUUCUGUCAGAAUUUACUGGAGAAAUAUUAGAAAUCUUAAUACUUUAAUCGCUUGCCUUCCGAAUGAUUCAAAAAAAAUUUUACAUAAUAAUGGAAUUUCAAUUUCAACUUCAAAAACUCCAGUGUUUAAUUAUGCAUCAUUUUGUAAAUAUUUGGAAGUUCAUAAAGUUAUUAACAAUGUUGGACAUUUUCUUCAGAAAUGGGAAUCUCCAAAUUUAAGCAAUGAUAUAACUAUGUUGUCACAGGAAAUAUUCAAAUUACUUAUGUGUCAGAUUUCUUCUUUAAGAGAAAUAACAUUCAUAAAAACGGCGUCAAUAAUUUUUACAUCAUAUCCUGGAGCAAAAAAUUGUUUAAAGUAUCUCACAAAAUUAUACUGUAAUUCAAAUAUUUAUCCUGGAUUUUUUCAUCUGUUAUCUCAAGUAUGUCAUACUAUACAGAUUUUAAGGAUAGUUGUAUUCAAUGAAGUCACUUCAAAUGAUUUGGCAAAUUUAAUUUCUGUUCAGCCUAAUUUAAAGCACUUUUAUGUGACUCAAUCUAGUGAUAUUGUAGAUUUGACAGAUAUAAUCGCUUUAGUAGCAAAGAAUACUAAUUCUUUGACUAAAUUUUUUAUCCGUGGAAAUUUAAGACGUGUUCCUAUACCAUUAUCAACUAUUGCUAGAUUCACAAAUUUACA